AUGCUUUUCACCCACAUUUUCGGUUCCACGACACCCUCCCUUUCAGCCUUCUGCCCGCAAUUUCCAUACCCCACCGUUUGGAGAAAAAGGACGCUAUCGGGACACCAGGCUCAGACUGGACCACCACCGAAGAAGUGGGGGUUAUUGCUAACCCAUUUCCCGUUUAGCUGCAUGCCUUCGGAGCUCUCCUGCCCGCGUCCUCCAAUACCCGAAGAGAGAAUUCCCGGAGAGGAGGCCCUGGACACACACACCCUCUCUCUCCCUAACUCUCACACCGACUUCCCACCGUCGAAUAACACCAUCUUCUCAGCCGGCUGCGGGUGCGGACGGCCCUGGUUGCAAUUGGCGGAAAGGGCCGUGACGGACCUGCAGAUCGAGCCAAAGACGAGGAUCCACCUCGCCUCGUUUCAAUCCAUUGGCCCAUUGUCGUUGAAUGACUGCAGUAGUGCGACCGCUAGGCAGGCAUGGGCAGCCUACUGGACGACCAGGCUGCGGUUUCUAGCGUAUCCUAAGGGUACUGCUUGCACCUUCAAUUCGGGGAACCUGCCUUUCGUUUAA